AUGGCUGGCCGCAAGACAUUGUUGGCUCCGAUCCACUACAUUUUCAGUCUACUGCAGAAGCGCAGCACUGUCUCAAUUUGGCUGUAUGAGCAGCUCGCUUUCCGGAUCGAGGGGAAGAUUCGUGGUUUCGAUGAGUUUAUGAAUUUGGUCAUCGACGAUGCUGUGGAAGUGCGCCUGGCAACCAAGACAGAGGUCGAGAAGCGCCGGCCAUUAGGCCAGGUCCUUCUCAAGGGAGACAAUGUCUCUCUCAUCCAGGCCGUUUGA